AUGGCUAAACCAACGCCUACAGACGCAGCUUCAUUGAGACAGCUUAUCACCUGUCUCCGCACUGCAGAGAAAGCCUCACAACUUCUGCAUGCAACCAACAUUGUGGCUCUCCUACGCGCGACGCGCCGAGCUGUCGCCUAUAUGUUCCCUGGGUCGACCGAGUCGCUUGACGAUACAGAGGCCGGCACGGAAGACAGUGUAUUCUUUAUCGAUUCCCAUCAGUCAGGUGUAUACCUGCCCAAUACUCUACGAUCGUUCGCCCAGUCGCCCGCAUUCCAAGGCCAAGGCUACGCCCCGCAUAUCGUAUUCAACCCGGACACGCUCAAGACUGACCUUCGGCUAUUUACCCUUCACGAUGACCCGCAAGUUUCGUAUGAGUCGCAAACCGACAUAUUACGCGGAAAGCAGGGAGAUGACCAAUAUCUGGCAUGCGUUCAACCUCUUCGUAUCGACGACGACGCUGGAUUUCCAUGGCCAAGCUUCUCAUACGACGACCCUCGACCCUCGAUGCAGCAAGCCUGCGAAGCCGUCGACGCUUUCGUCGCCCGAACUCGAAAGGAUGGCGGCACCACGACCGCAUCUUUCAGCACCGGAGCUCACGUACGCCUGCACAACCCGACUUCUCAGCACCCCGGAGAACGGCUUGAAGAGCUUUCGAUUCAGCCGGAGUUUCCCGAUUACACGCAGGUAUGUUUCCACAUCGUGGCCAAAGACGGAGUCACUGGCUUCCAUAUCGAGGAUAAUGGUCUGCGGUCUUUCAACCUGUGCCAUAUUGGCUACAAGGCCUGGGUAAUUAUACCCGACGGCUCUCGGGACGCUUUCGAACAGUAUGUCAUGCGUAGACUGGGGCUGCCAGCGAGCGUGAGAAGUCAACUGUGCGACCAAUUCGUGAGGCACUUGGGCAUACUCUGCUCCCCAACCCAGCUGGAGGAAGCUGCUGUCGAGUACCGAAUCGUUGUGCAAGGCCCGGGCGAGUUCGUCGCGACGACCCCGUUGGAGUAUCAUAUGGUACUGGGCUUGACAUCGUCCAUCGCCACAUCCAACAAUUUCAUAUACCGGGACGAUCCUGACAUCGUGGCAGCGCUGGAGAAUGCUAAGGUGUGCGAGCAAUGUGGGAAUUACCCCCUUAUCCGCGACUACAACGUCAACCACUCAACCACACUGGGCAGUCAUGUGGCGACCGUACAGGCGCUCAUUCGUCAGCUGGAGAAGCCGACGAGAGAAUGUAGCAUCGAGGGGCUAACGAAACGUGAUAUCGAUGCGAGCAGCACGGGGAACGAAAACGUCGUGGCCAAGGGUGGCGACGUUCCGCUGCACGACCACGAGUCCGCCAUUCGAAAAGGUGGUGGAUUUGACACGACUUCGAGGAAGAACGUGGGUAGCGGCACAAAGAGGUCAACGUUAUCCGCAGAGGCAAACUUGGCCAAGCGCAAGCGCGCGAAGCUUCUGCCGCCAAGCGCAACCGAUGGGACCGCAGGGCAGCAAGGCCACGCAACCGUUGUCGCCUCUUCAUGUCUGCAAUCACUCCCACGACGUGAGCCAGCGAGUCGCAAGCGCACCGUCUGCGCUGCUGCCAAAGACGUCAACCAGGACCAGAGGGCCCCCCGAGGACACAGCAAGCGACGAGGUGUCAGCGGUAUUGGGGACGAUGAGACCACACCCAAUACAACGCCUGGGACUUCACCACGUACCAACCCGGAUGCCACAACUGUGACGACCUUGACAACCCCUAUCCGCCACAGUAGCUUGUCUCAAUUCGAUGCAUUCUACUUGAGGAAUCCCUUGAGCAGAGAUCAGCUCGUCGCUCUGCCAGCACACGACAGGUGUGGUCUUGCCGCGGUUCUACACACGAAACAGCACUUGGAAGACUUCUUCGCCGCCGUCAAGGACCAGAACAAUCGCUUCAAGGGUAAAGGCGUGUCCGACCUGGAGAAUGCUCUCUCGUCUCGUAACAGCUCGCAUUUCGAAGAUCCAGCGACAGGUGCUAUACGAAGUGCAAUUAUCGAAAUGGUAAGGAGCAACCGACAUCGCCUGGGAAAACAGAAGGCCGAUUACCGACAGCGUUUCUUCUGCUACCUUGCGCGUCGCUUAUGGGAGGAAGCGCGAGUUGAGACCUCUCCCUGGGGUUCAUACAAGGCGAUGGGGGGAGGUCAGGUGAGACUGGAUCCUGCCGUCAGAGACAGGCUUACUCGACAGCUGCUCCCGGUCGAGUGUGCGCAAUCGGAAGCAGCAGAGGUUUCGGGCUACGUCGGUGCAGUCAUGCACCAGGGGUUCAGAUGGAACUCCCUGGCAAAGGAUCUAGGGAUGGGUAUUAUUGCCCUGAUACCUUACCGUCGUAAGGAAUUGCACGUCCUUAAUGUCUCUGCCGGAUACUACUACAAUGGCUUACAUGGCGAAUCAUCGCUGCCGAGACUGCGAGAAUUCCAGGCGGCCCUCGACACGCCGUACAUGAAUGCACUUCUCAACGCUGCUGAGUCACUGGCCAACGCCAUCGUCCACAACAAUGAUGUCCACUUCGCGUUCAAUGACUAUCAGGGCGACAAGCCCAUUUCGUCCCUCUCUGAACAUGAAAUCUGCCGUCUUCUCAAGACGGUCCCGUCCAAGGAUAUUGGUCACGGGAACGCGCAGUCGAGCCCGUCGUCCACAGGGGUAAUUUCAAAAAACGGAUGUUCGUCUACGAAUGAUAAGGGUCCUUGA